UCCCUGCACAAUUAAGACUCCUAUAGUGCUGCCCACCUCUGCACCUUCUCCCAUCCUUACCAGACAGCUCCACUCCCUUGGGAAGUUCACGGUGGCAGGGUGGGUGGGUCUGAAGGGAUGCUCCUCCUGGCUUAAAGGCCCCCAGCCAAGAAGCCCUGGUCUCGGCAGUCAGACACCUAUGCUAACCUCAUGACCCGCAAAGAGAAGGACUGGGUGAUAAAAGUGCAGAUGGUUCAGCUGCAGAGUGAGAAGCCCUGCCUGGAUGACUAUUACUACCAGAAAUAUUAUCAGAAACUAGAGAAGAAGGAGGCAGAUGAAGAGCUGCUUGGACAAAGGAGCAAGGUGGGGUCCCUCAAGCUGGUAACACCUUACAUUCAGAAGGCAGAGGCUUACGAGUCAGUGGUUCGAUUCGAGGGUUCCCUGGGCCAGGUGGCCAUGUCAACGUGUUUUAGCCCUCGCAGAGCUAUUGAUGCUGUACCCCAUGGAACUCCAGAACCGGAGAUAGGAGCUGCAAGCAGCCAGAGGCUUCGGGUGUUGUCCUGGAUUGAGAAGAUGUUUCUUCAGUUACUAGAGAUAGAGGAGGGCCAGAAUGGGCCUCCACAGUCCUGCUACUCUGAGCAGCAGAGAAACCAGGUUGAGAAGCUCUUCCAGGCCUUAAAGACCCAGGAGCAGGACAACCUGGAGGAGGCAGCAGAUGGCUUCCUGCAGGUGCUCUCAGUGAGGAAGGGGAAAGCCCUAGUGGCCCGGCUGCUCCCCUUCCUGCCCCGGGACCUAGCUGUCAGCCUUCUUCUGGCGAUCAUCCACCAUCUGCCACUCCUGGUCAAGAGGGAUGCAGCUGAUCAGGUCCUACAAAUGUUAUUCAAGCCUCUGGGCAAAUAUAUCAGACACUUGACCUUCCAAGAACUCCUCCAAGGACUUCAGGGACUAAUGCUGCUUCCACCUGGCUCCUCAGAGCGGCCAGUCACUGUGGUGCUUCAGAAUCAGUUUGGAAUAUCUUUGCUCUACACCCUGCUGAGUCAUGGGGCACAGCUGGUAUCCCUGGAUCCAUCCCUGGAGGAACCCAGCAGUGACCAUACAGCUUGGACAGACAUAGUGAUUUUGAUCGCCUGGGAAAUAGCUCAGAUGCCUACAGCCUCUUUGGCUGAACCCCUAGCCUUUCCCACCAACCUCCUUCCCCUGUUCUGUCGCCACGUGGACAAACAAUUGAUACAGCAGCUAGAGGCUACAAUGCAGCUUGCCUGGAUCUACUGAUCUCAUUGUUCUAGAAUAUGGACAUGUGGGGAAAGUUUAAUCAUCAGACACUAGCUGUGCGAACUAUGUCUACAGGGAUCCAAGAGUCUGAAGACAUUUCUUAUGCCUUGAUACAUUGGAGGACCCUACCCAAAACAUUUUCUUAGCUGUCUUCAAAAACCCGAGUGAUGUGCCUAAAAAGG